AUGAAAAAAUCGGCUAGGUUGAAGGAAACUGAUGACAAAACGGUUGCUGAAUGGGCCUCCAUUGGUAAUAGAUUUGAGCGUGUGUUCAUUGCAUACGGUGCAUGUGUUGAGGGUUUUUUGAACGGUGCAAGGCCUAUAUUAUAUGUUGAUGGUACUCAUUUAAGUGGUCCAUAUAAGGGGACAUUACUGUCAGCUUCGGCAUAUGAUACGGAUGAUGCGAUGUUGCCGUUUGCAAUAGCAGUGGUGAAGGGAGAGAAUCUUGAUGACUGGACGUGGUUUUUUCACAAGAUUAAACAAAUAGUUGGUUCAAUGCAACUGACUAUUGUGUCAGAUAGACAUAAUUCUAUAAUUGGUGCUAGGUCGGGAAGGACAAGUGAAAAUUCAAAGAAAGAUGCAUUGAAGGUACUGGAUAAAGUGACUUAUGCAAGACUUGCGGAUGAGUUUGAUCAUGCGGUGGAUGAUCUUAGAACCAUGUCUCAUGAGUUAUAUGAGUGGGUUAUCAAUCAAGGUGAUGUGGAUAGGUGGGCAUUGAGCAAGUUCCCAUAUAGAAGGUGGGACAACAUAACAACUAAUUUAGCUGAAUCUUUUAAUGCUUGGAUGGUAAGGGAGAGGAAGCAUAACGUGGCCCAAAUGAUCCAUGAGCACCGGGAGAAAGUAGCAAGAAAGACGCAUGCAUCAUAUGCAGCAAUGACUAAGUGGAGUAAUUGCGUUAGGCCAAAAAUAGAGGCAAAAGUAUUGGAGCAUGUGUAUUUCGGUAGGUACAUGCAUUGUGAGAAUUAUGGAAGGGGAAGAAUAUGUGUGCACACAUCACGUGGAGACCAAAGAGUGGACCUUAGCCUACACCAACGUAGCUGUGGAACUUGGCAAAUGUUAGGGAUUCCAUGCUCACAUGCUUGUGCAGCCAUUAAGACCAUAGGGGGAAACGUUUAUGAUUAUGUUGAAGAGUGUUACAAACGUUCAUCCCAAGAAAAAAUCUAUGCCCGGAGCAUGGCUCCAGUGGUGAUAAUUGAUAUGCCUCACCUGAAUGACUAUACGUUUGAGAAUCUUACUGCUCAACCCUUGCUUUUACCCCUAUGGAAAUCCAGUCGUUUCAUGAAAACAUUAUUCGAACUUGUACUUUUCGGUAGUGAACUUGUCACUUUCGUUUGUGAACUUGUCAUUCUAUGA